CGAGCGAACAAGCAAUCAGAGCGAGCGCUGCCUCGCGAACUGGAGGACUCGGCGGCUUGCUUUGCUGCGCGCUCUAAUCCUUUUACCGGCUGAAUGAAUCCAUCUGUUCGAAAUCUCGCGUCUCAUUGAUCCGGGUACGUUACAAAGAACGCCUUACUGUACCAUUUGCUAUUUUAAGAUCUGAGUUGUCGAGGGAUUAGAAGAGCUUAUGAGGAAGUUCUGUUGCAAAAAGGAAAACCAGUGGCUAAAGGAGACUGCAGAAAGUAAGGAGCAUCGAACAGGACAAGACACAAAAAGGAAGCUGGAAUAGCAAGUAGAGAAUCAUGAACUGAGGUACAGAAUGAGACCUUAUAUGCAGCACAGGCGGGGGAGAUCAUGUGGCUUGCAUGGCUACUGCAAGGAUGAAAAGUCUUAAAUGGACAGAGUCCUGCAAUUUUCCCCCGUUUGGGUGAUGGCUUAAUCAUUUAUAUUUGGAGGAUGAAGUAUAUUGAAAGAAUGAAGAAGACCAUACAGAAGAGGCCAAUCCGAACUUUUGCUAAUGAUGAUCGUCAUGUCAUGGCAAAACAUUCUGCAGUAUACCCUUCCCAAGAAGAGCUUGAAGCUGUACAGAAUAUGGUUUCUACCGUGGAAUGUGCACUGAAACACGUAUCUGAUUAUUUGGAUGAAAGUAAUUUGCAGUCAGUUAAUGUGGAUGCAGAUGAAGAUGGAGCUGGAGAUGCCAAGAAAAGUGAUUCUUCAGAGAGCAACUCAAGUGAACAGAGUGGCCGUGUCUUGUGCGGAGUGAUGCGAAUUGGAUUGGUUGCAAAAGGUUUGCUAAUAAAAGGAGACUUGGAUUUGGAGCUGGUGUUGAUGUGUAAAGAAAGACCAACUGAGAAGUUAUUAAGUAUAGUCUGUGACAAUCUGCCAUUACAAAUUCAGAAACUAACAGAAGAAAAAUAUGAAGUUGAAAAAUGCACAGAAGAGGCAGCCAUCAUUGUGCAAAAUACUAAAGAACCUAAGUUGACACUGAAAAUUGUUCUCAGUUCACCAGCAGUCAGGGAUGAAGUGGAAAAGAAACAAGAUGGAGAAAAUUUUGCGAUGAAAGAUCCAGCGGACUUAUUGGACAGGCAGAAAUGCCUAAACGCCUUGGCGUCUCUGCGACAUGCCAAAUGGUUUCAGGCAAGGGCAAAUGGAUUAAAGUCAUGUGUAAUUGUGAUUCGUAUUCUGCGUGAUUUAUGCAACAGAGUACCCACAUGGGGACCAUUGAAAGGAUGGCCUCUAGAGCUUAUUUGUGAAAAAGCCAUAGGUACUAGUAAUAGACCAUUAGGGGCUGGUGAAGCCUUGAGACGUGUAAUGGAGUGCUUGGCAUCUGGGAUUCUUCUACCUGGUGGUCCAGGAUUGCAUGACCCUUGUGAAAAAGAUUUAACCGAUGUAUUGAUCUCAAUGACUUCACAGGAAAUGGAUAAUAUUACUCAUAGUGCCCAGCAUGCACUUAGAUUGAUGGCUUUUGGUCAGAUCUACAAAGUACUGGAGAUGGACCCUCUUCCAUCAACGAGAUCCUCACUUCAGAAAUGGUCUCGAUCACUGAGUGAGCGAGAUGGACCUCUCUCAGCACCUUUGAAGAGACCGUAUGAAGAUAGUAUGGGAGAUGACAAAGAUCCAAACAAAAAGAUGAAAAGAAACCUGCGGAAAAUAAUGGAAAGCAAAGCAAUAGAUGUUAACCAACCUAUGAAUGCUCUGAUGAGAUUGAAUCAGAUUAAACCUGGCCUGCAGUACAAGCUUCUCUCACAGUCUGGUCCAGUGCAUGCACCUGUUUUCACUAUGUCAGUAGACGUUGAUGGCAAAACCUAUGAGGCUUCAGGACCAUCUAAAAAAACUGCCAAACUUAAUGUUGCAGUUAAGGUGUUACAGUCCAUGGGCUGUCCAGCUGGUAUGGAUUUGAAGAUGGGAUUGGAAUCUCAGGAAGUGGAGGAAAAGUCCUCUGGUGAUGAUAAAAAUGAAACUGUUUCUACAAACUCCAGUAAUGACGCAGUUGGCUGUGUUCCUGCUACCAGCACCAAUACUCUCGAGAUGAGAACGCAGGGCCCUAUCCUAACAGCCAGUGGAAAAAACCCUGUUAUGGAACUGAACGAAAAGAGAAGGGGUUUGAAAUAUGAAUUGAUAUCAGAAACUGGCGGAAGUCAUGACAAACGGUUUGUCAUGGAGGUGGAAGUGGAUGGUCAGAAGUUCAAGGGAGCAGGUCCUAAUAAGAAAGUAGCAAAGGCCAGUGCUGCUCUAGCUGCCCUUGAAAAGCUCUUCUCUGGUCCCAGUGCUGCCAACAUCAAGAAAAAGAGGACUGGUCCUCCGACUAAGGGUCCAAUAGCUGCUCCAGCGGUUGCCGUCCAGUCACUCAGGGGCAGAGGCAGAGGAGCUUUGAAUAGAGGAGCUUUUGCCGGCGCAGCAGUAACAGCUGCUCCAGGGUAUCUAACACCAGGUACUUGUUACGGUGCACCAUAUGGAUACAGUGCUGCUGCCCCGGCUUAUGGUGGUUUUUUCAUUGACAAUCCUUAUUAUCAGCCUCGGGCGAUCGCACCUUUUAUUAUUCACUUGGGUCCUCAGGAUUUCGACUCUGACUUCUAGAACCAUCAGGUUGAGAUUUGAAAACACCUUUUUUUUGUCAUGUCGAUUCAGCUGUGGGCUAGGCAGACUGUUUCAAGGUUAUAUUCCUGAUCAGCCCUUGCAAAAAUGGCAGCCUUUAAUGGUCACUUAAACUGGAAGUUAAAUGUUCAAACCAAACUCAUAAAUGUUGUUUGUUUAACUGCCCCAAACGUUAACCAUUUGAACUGUUCAAUAAUGUGUUUUCAUUUCCCUACCUUCACCUUUCACCUAUGCCACUCCUGUGCAUUCCAAGAAAGUUUGCAGUUAAAAUUAUUACAUAUUUUGUUUUUGACCUUGGCUAAAAUCUGCUGUAAAUUUGACUGUCAGUUCUGCUGCUGGUACGUACUUAGUAGGUUCAGCAGUUCAAUAUUAAAGUGUAACACCACUUAAGCUUUGCAAAAUAACAGGAUUAAGUAUAAUACAAGAUAAAAGUAACUGAAUCGAUCCAUUAAUGCAAACUGGCAAGCAUUCCCUAUAAUGGAUGUAUUAAAUUCUUUUCUCAGAAGCCUUGCAUUGCUGAUACAGGGUUAAAAUAAAAUUCUAACUUGAAAUAAUUUCUAAAGUUACGGUGGCUGGGCAUUGUUUGAUAUAAGCACAUGAAUGCUUUGUGGAUAACAAGAAUGUUGGAAUUUAGAUAAAAAGUAGUUGAAAACAAUGAGAAUAAGUACAAAUUAUCCAUAGUAUGGGUGAUGAAUACUUAAAUUUGAAACUGCUGAGAAUUAUAUUUAAAGUUUGAAAUGUGUUUGUGAUUACUUGCAUUAUUUGUCUUCUGAGCUGUAUUUUCUGCUACAUCCCUUCAAACUGUUAGAACUAUAAAUGCCAUUGAAAAUGCAUGAUUACUUACAUUAUAUUCAUCUGAAAAUAUGUCAUUGAAGAACAAUCACCCAUUUGUCAUUAUGUAACUGUGUUUCACUGGUUCACAUGUUCAUCUGAGUCUGAAGUUCAAGUCUUGGUCCAAACACAACAAUGAGACUCACACUCCAGUGCAAAGCUCACUGAGUUCCUCACUAUAAGACCAUAAAACAGAGGAGUAGAAUUUGUCUAUUUGACCCAUUGAAUCUGCUCUGCCAUUCCAACAUGGCUGAUUUAUUAUUCCUAUCAGGCGUUUCCCCCGCCUUCUCCCUGUAAUCUUUGACGCCCUGACUAAUCAAGAAUCUGUCAACCUCCACUUUAAGUAUACCCAAUGAUGGCCUCCAUAGCUGCCUGUGACAAUGAAUUCCACAGAUUCACCACCCUCUAGCUAAUGAAGUGCUGUUUUAGAUGCAAUAUUAGUCUAAGACUUUGUCUCUCAACUGGAUGAACUUGAACAGCAACCCCAAUGUCCUGUCUGAUUCUUAUUUCGCAUAUGGUAAACAGUUGAUUUGGGCAUUAUCAGAUUGCUGUCUCUGUUUUUUUGUUUCAUAUUUAAGUUCAAGUUUUUUGUCAUCUCACUGUACAUAUAUACAACCAAAUGAAUCAACAUUCCUCUCAACCAUGGUGCACCGCCAAAACAUACAUCACACACAGCACAUAAACCAAAUAAAUAAGUUAAUAAAAUAUAAUUCAAAAUGCAUGUAGUAGGUAGCACAGAUAAACAGCUUGCUAUCCUAGUGACGAGACCUUAGUGAUGACAGGGUAUUUCUUAGUCUCUCACUCGGAGGGAAGAAGCUGUUACCCAGACUAACAAUCCUAGUCCUGAUGCUCCUGUACCUCCUUUCUGAUGAUAGUGGGUCGAAGGGAUUGUAGGAUGGGUGGUAGAGAUCCUCAAUAGUGCUUCAGGCACUUUGUAUAUAACACUCCAGGUAAAUGUCACAAAUGGCGGGUGCGUGGGAGGAGACCUCAGUGAUCCUCUCAGUUGUUUAUUUUAGGGAAGACCGGCAGUUAUUGCUCACCCCUAGUUGUGGAUAACAAAGUUAUGACGAGCCACCUUCUUAAACCAUUGUAGUCCUUGUGAAAGGGUUCUUACAGUAACACACACAAAAUGCUGGAAGACUUCUGCAUUUGUCACAUUUUCCCCUUCCUCUGAAUGUCAUGGACUGCUAAUUAUAAUAUUUGUUAAAAUAUUCUAUUUGGAAUUUCAUUUUCAUUUUACAGAAGUGAUUCUAUUUUUUACAUGACAUUAAUCGCUGAAGCUGACUUUGAACAUUUUUGAUCAUUUUGAAGUGUGAAGUGUGUGUAUGUUAAUGCUAGGUGUAUUAUGGGCAAGGUGAUGAGCUUAUAACAUGGAUCAUACAUGGAUCUAUGUUGUUGUGACCAUUUCAGAGAUUUGGUUGAGAGAGGAACAGGAAUGGGUGCUUUAUGUCCUAGUGUUUUAACAUUUUAGAAAAGAUAGCAAGAGAGGUAAAAGAAGUGAGGGAGUUACACUUUAAUCAGGGACAAUAUCACAACAACUCUCAGCUCACCUACUGCGUGUAUAUGGAUAGAACUCAAAAAUUGGAAUGGUGCAAUCACUCUUAUGGGAUUGUACUACAGACGCCCUAAUAGCCACCUGACAUUGAGGAACAGAUAUUCAGGCUGAUUAAGAAAAGAUGUAAAAAUAAAGGGGUUGUAUUCAUGGGGGAUUUCAAAUUCCCUAAUAUAAACUCAGAACUUCUGAGUGUAAGAGAUUUAGAUGGUCCAAUGAGAGGAGGAGGUAUAUUGCACCUGGUGUUGAGUAAUGAGCCUGGCCAGGUGUCUGACCUUUCAUUGGGUGAGCAAUUAGGGAACAGUGACCAAAACUCCUUAAAUUUUAAAAUACAGUAGCAAUAGAAAAGGACAAGCAUGGAUCUUGUAGGAGAGUAUUAAACUGGAGCAGGGCGAAUUACAGGAGCAUUAGGUGGGAACUAGGGAGAGCUAAUUGGAACAGGUGUUUCUGGUCAAAUGCACAUUCAACAUGCAGAGAGCAAAGACCAACUGCACAGAGCACAGGACAGAUAUGUUUUACUCAGAAGGAUGGCAAGGUAAGAGAAUCUUGGUUGAUGAAUUUAGUUAAGAAGAAAAUGAAAAGUAUAUAAAGCUUAAGAAGUUAGAAUCAAAAAGAGCCCUUGUAGAUUAUAAAGAAGUCAGAAAAGAACUCAAGAAGGGAAUUAGAAAAUUUGAGAGGUACCAUGAAAAGGCUUUGGCAAGUAGAAUUAAUGAAAGGUAAGUGAAUCUGUGGAGGCUAGGUUAAUGGGUAUAUCUAAAGUGGAGAUGAAUAGCUUCUUGCUUAGUAAGGGCAUCAAAUGUUAUGGGGAGAAGGCUGAAGAAUGGGUUGAGAGGGAUAAUAAAUCAGCCAUGAUGGAAUGGUAGAGCAGACUCAAUGGGCUGAAUAGCUUAAAUGUCCUUUUUUAUGCUCUUAACUAGAUGUUUGUGGUUCCAAAGUAAAGUGGCAUAAUUCUGGGUACAGCUAGUAUCUUUUUCCCACAGUUGAAAUGUCUGAUUACCAAAGGGCAUGAACUUAAGGUGAGAGGGGAUAAGUUCAAAGGAGAUGUGUGGGGCAAGUUUUUUUUUUACAGAGAGCAGUGGUUGCCUGAAAUGUGCUGCCUAGGAUGGUGAUGGAGGCAGAUAUAAUAGAAUUGUUCAAGAGAUCCUUAGAUAGGCACAUGAAUGUGCAGGAAAUGAAGGAUAUGGACACUGUGCUGGCAGAAGGAAUUAGUUUAAUUGGGCAUGUGAGUCAUAGUUUAUUUAAUUCAGCCCAGCACUGUAGACUGAAAGGCCUUUUCCUGUGCUAUACUGUUCUAUGUUCAACAGAGCACUUUAGUUAUUAGUGAUAACUCAUGCUGAAGAGUACUUUGAGGUUUGUGGCCAGAAUUCAUGUGGUAUGAUGCAUGUGAUGUUACCACACUGGAGUACCCUGUUUACAAAAUUGCAUUCAGCCCACCAGAACGAUCCAGCAAACUAAACAGAACAUAACAAGGUGCUGGAGGAACUCAGCAUCUAUGGGAGGAAUCAGAUUUAUUAUCGCUGGUAUAUAUUGUUUUACAGUAGCAGUACAAUGCAAUACAUAAUCUAUAAAUUACAAUAAUAAAUACAAUAAUGAAAUACAUUUUUAAAAAUUAAAUAAGUAGUGCAAAAAGAGAGCAAAAAAUAGUGAGGUAGUGUUCAUGGGUUCAUUGUCCAUUCUCCAUUCAGAGAUGUGAUGGAAGAGGGGAAGAAGCUGUUCCUGAAACGUUGAGUGUGUGUCUUCAGGCUCCUGUAACACCAUCUUGAAUGGUAGCAAUGAGAAGAGGGCAUGUCCUGGGUGAUGUAGGUCUAGGUGAUAUAGGUCCUUACUGACGGAUGCCACCUUUCUGAGGCAUCACCUUUUGAAGAUGUCAUCAGUGCUGGAGAGGUUAGUACCCAUGAUGGAGACAUUUAGGAAGAGCUGAAGUUUCUGGCCGAGUCCCUUCAUCAGGACUGGAGGAAAAGGGAAAGAAGCCCGAGUAAGGUGGUAGGGUGAGGGGAAGGAACAUAACAGUUCCCUCGUUGGUAUAUGUUGGGUCCACCAGUAGGCUGCUGAGCUUCAUCUGAAAUGUUUGCGUUCCAGUCCUACGUGGUGAUGUUUCAUAAUGUACUUCCCGUCAUACCACCAGUUGUCUGACUGCAGGCACGCGCAUUACACGGUGCAGCACUCCUCUGGCAACAACAGGUCCACCUUCUGCUGGAUGAAGAAUUUUGCCCUAAUCUUCCAUUGUAGGUCAUCAAAGUUCAAAGUACAUUUAUUAUCAAAGUAUGUAUACAUUAUACAACCUUGAGAUUCAUCUCCUUACAGGCAGCCACAAAAGAAAGAAAACUGAAAGAACCCAUCAAAAAUCAGUUAUCAAUUAUCAGUCAUCAGAAUCAAUUAUCAGUUUGCACGUUAAACUUUGAUUUUGAUUAGGUGUGUUGGUAAGCACCAGGAUAUGAUCAAUAAAUACCUCAUAAACAUACAUCCUGAGUGUACGAGUCUGUGUGGCUUCCAACCAGGUAACCUCCAACCUGAUGGCAUAAACAUUGAUUUGCCCAAUUUCCAUUUCUCUUUUUUCCAUUCCAGCUCCCCUCUUAAACCUUCUCCUCACCUCCAGUCAUCUCCCUCUAGUUCCCCUCCUCCUUCCCAUUCUCUGCUAUCAGAUUCCUCCUCCUUCAGCCCUUUACCUCUUUCACCCUUCCCCACACUUCAUUUCCACAUCCCCACCCACUCACCUGGUCUCAUCCAUCACCUACCAGCUUGUAUUCCUCCCCCUUCCCCCACCUUCUUAUUCUGGCUUCUUACCCCUUUCCAGUCCAGUCUCGGCCCAAAACAUACACUGUUUAUUUUUCUCCAUAAAUGCUACCUGACCUGCUGAAUCCCUCCAGCAGUAUGUAUUUGUGUGUGUGUGCGUGCACGCACGCUUAUUAUUCUAAAUGUAUGGUACGUUUCUUCCCCUGAUUUCCCAGUUAUGCUAUGUGUAUGAUAUGAAGAUGGUUUACCUGAAAUGAAGUUUAAUAUCCUGUUUAUUAUAUUUAAAAAACUGAAGAAAUACUGCCUCGAGAUUCAUUAUCUUGUUACUAUCAUGAGUGAAUUACUUUAAUCAUUAUUAACUCAUUCCAACUUUGCAUGUAGGCACAAAGAACUAACCAAUAACAUCGCAUUUUUUCAAGUGGCUUUUUUUUCUUUGAAUGUGCUUCAAAACUUUGCCCAGUCACCUUAAUCUACAGUUUAUGCAAUAACUUGUAAUAAUUGAAUAUUUCUCAGUUGUAAAGCACAAUUCUAAUUCAGCAAUACUUCUCUCAGGGUAAUGAGGGGAUUUGAAAUACUGGGCAGCGACUCCUGGAUUUCAAUACCCCUACCAAGGUGUAAAUGAAAAUUUCAAAUGCGCACAAUCAGGGCGGAUAAUUAACAAACUCUUCCAAAAUAAUUACUUUGAUGUUAUCGAAUAUUUAACUUCUCAAUUGUUCCUGAAUAUUGUUUCAGGGAAGUAAUUUUAAAACCGCAUAGCUUGUUUGUUGAAAUUAUAGGAACUGUACUCCGCAAUAGAUGUAAUGAUGUGCAAGUAUUAUCAGAUAAAGGAAAGUAACCAUGUAUAUAAUUAUAAUCAGGACUAAAAAAAAGUCUUGAUACAGCCAUUUUAAUGUGUUAAUAGAUAUCUUGGGAGCUGUAUGUAAAACAAAAAGGCAAUAAUUAGAUUAUAAGCAUAAAUUAUACAUAGUGUAUAUUUUUUGUGUGUGAUUUUUGUCACAAGUAAAUUGUACAACAAUACAAUUUAUAAAACAAACGACCACAAUUUAAAGCUGUUGCAUUGUGAAUAUUUUUGAAAGAUAUGCUAAAAGACUUAAUCAUACAUGUACCUUUAUUUAACUGGAUUUUGUCCUCGACAAAGCUUCAUAAUUAUUGGAAUAUUCUGUAUUGGAGCCAUGAAUGAAAACUUCAUCCAAAUGUUGAGUCCUUUUACAUUGUACCUUGCUGUGAAAUAUGCCAACUGUUCCGUAUUUACACAACACUUAAACAUGUUCUCAGCCUAAGUAGAGACUACAAUUUGAAAAUGCAUUUGUUUUUCUGAAAUGUUUUUUGUUGCUUUUGCCAUAAUGAUUUAAUGAAUAGCUUCAAUAUUUUAAAGUGAAUCCCAACCAGAGGUUAAUCACAUGUUACAACCUGUGGCUUUUCAGAGCAAUAAGUAAUGGCACUAAAUAACAAAAUGUUAUGUUAACUUGCCUUCAAAAAUGUCUAUACUGCGAGGUUCAAAGUAAAUUUAUUGUGAAAGUAUAUUUCUGUCACCAUAUACUACUCUGAGAUUCAUUUUCAAUAGUUACACAACAUUUACCUGUAUUCCCAGUCCCAGAGACACUGACAGGUGUGUAACUUAGAGGACAAAUUGUUGGGGAGACCUUGUUGUGCAACAGGGCAAAUUGGAAAGGACUUCUGAUGUAAAGCAAGGCCUAGCCCUUUCUACACUUAACUCAUCGAUGAUCUUAAAGGACAUGUCUUUGUCCUUGUGGGUAUAGCUUUUACAUGGAAAGCAAGGAUCUUGUCAUUACCCAAUCUUAUGUCUUACGGCAAGAUGCUAGCCAAAGUUGAUUGGAAGGGGACACAAGCAGCAAUGACGACUGGAGUUUCUGGGAGCAGUACACCCGAAAGAAGAAGAAAUAUUUAAAGGAAGGAUGAGGCAAUCAUGCCUGACAAGGGAAGUCAAAGUCAGCAUAAAAGCAGUUGGGGUUGAGAGUGAUAAUUAAUCAAUGGCAGAGCAGACUCAAUGGGCUGAUGAGCCGAAUUCUGCUCCAUGUCUUAUUAUGGCCUUUUUCAAGUGUAAGGAAGUUGUCUACAAAAACUGCAGCUUUCCUUUCGCUGAAGAAGAAUCCCAACCACUGAAGCUGUACUCAUUCAGUCUAGAGGUCGAUGGUGGCUUGCUAAGUAAAAUUAAGUUUUGAUACCCAGGCUAAUUUGCAGGUUAACAUCAAAAUUGAUGGCUAUUAAGGAACCUGCCUGUGUUUGUCCAGCCCCUGAAUUGAGGGAAACAUGAGAGAAAAUGAUGAGAAUCUCACGCCUAAGAAAAUAACACAACCAAGUCCUAUGUUUUGAAGGACCACAGAUAUCAUCAGUUAUUAUGAAGUAUCACAGAGCCUGAAAGUCUGAGGGACAAGCUUGUGGUACUCCACCUACACACAGUGGUACCUCCUGUACCUGAUAAAAUGGCCACUGAGUGUAUGAUUGUGCUCCUCUGCUGCUUAGCCCAUCCACUUCAAAGUUCGAUGUGUGCUCUUCUGUACACCACUGUUGUAAUGCAUGGUUACUGUUGGCUUCCUGUCAUCCUGAACCAGUCUGGCCAUUCUCCUCUGACCUCUCUCAUUAACAAGGCAUUUUCACCCACUCAUUGGAUUUUUUU